AUGACAUCCCGCAAGGCUGAGAACCAUACCACCACAAUCAGCUUGCCAUCUUCUCAAGUCAGUGAAACAGAUCAUGAAUCUGCCGAUAUUCACAAAAACGAUGAGCUCGAAAAAAGGGUGAUGAGGAAGAUUGAUUUCUGGCUUGUUGGCUUCUACUCGCUGGUAUAUAUCUUCCGGGUCAUUGAUUCGAGCAACUACGCAAACGCAGCCAUCAUAAACUUGGAAGCAGGUACUGGAAUCAAGAAGGAGCUUCAUCUUGAUGCCUCGCAAUGGUCUUGGACACAAUCUAUCUUCUCAUACAGCUAUCUUAUCUUCGAGCCUUCCAACACCAUCUUGCUCAAAUAUUUUACGCCAUCGAGAUGGAUGUUCAUUCUGAUCUUGUUCUGGGGAAUAUGUGCAUGCUCUGCUGGGGCUGUUCAAAACUUCUCAGGAAUGAUGUGUGUGAGAUUUGCGAUCGGGAUGGCUGAAGCAGGAUUCUACCCAGCUGUGCUCUUCCAUAUGGCAUUUUGGUACAAUGCGACCGAAAUGCCUUGGAGAAUAGCCCUGUUUUACUCACUUGGUCAAGUAUCUGGUGCUUUAAGUGGACUGCUAGCUUAUGCUAUCAGUUUCAUGGACGGGAUCGGUGUGCUUUCAGGCUGGCGAUGGCUUUUUAUUAUCGAAGGUCUACCAGCGAUCGCCCUCUCGAUUGUGGCACUUUUUGGUCUCCCAGACUACCCCGAGACUGCACGCAUGUUGACUGAAGAAGAGCGAGAUUUUCUCAAGGAUCGUCUUACAUCUUCAGCACCUUCAGGAAAAGAGAGGAGCUGGGAUUGGGAAAAUAUCAAGACACUUUUUUCCAGUCCUACGCUAUAUACAUUUGCACUCUAUUGGAUUGGACAUGGCAUUGGCGGGUUCGGCGUGACGUACGCCUUGCCGACUGUCAUCUACGAUCUCGGUUUUACCUCAACGGCUUCAGCGCAGUUGAUGAACAUACCGCCCUAUGUUGUAUGUUUCUUCUUCCUAAACACCCUCGGAUACCUGCUACACAAAAAGUGGAUCCGACCCUGGACUACGGCAGUUGCAAUCGAAAGCACAACCAUUGUCUGUUAUAUAGUAUUAAUCACCGUCAAAAGCUCUGUCGUCAAGUACAUCGCGUUGGCUGUAGCCACUGCUUGUGCCGGGUCAGCAUACCCCGUUAUCUGGCCGGAACGAAUUCGCGCUCUUGACGGUACUGCAGGUGCCGGUAUUGGAAUUGGACUUACCAAUGCUCUGGCACAAUUCAGUGGGAUUGCUGGCCCAUUCAUUUACAGCACGGUAUUCGGACCAACAUAUCAUGUAUCAUAUAUCAUUUGUCUUUGCUUUCUCUGUUUAGCUAUCUCGGGAAUCCUGGCUUCGUGGUGGCUAGUGUGGCGCAGGGAUAAGCAGAAUGAUUUUGGAACCAAUGCUGGAGAAGAAGAGGCAUAA